UUAAUUACCACGUGCUGUGGCAAUGGAGACUGUUAAUGAGGAAGAAGCUGAAGAAAUAGCUGGACAGUUGCCCGAAUACUGUGCCCUUCUUAAUGACAUAGCAAAUAAGGCUAAUGAUGUUAAUAAUCACGUGACUACUUUACAUCAGUAUAUCAAGAGACAAGAAUUUUCUACGGAGAAGGGUAUUAGUUUACUGGAGCUAAAGUUUCACUUAAUGUUAAAUUACUUGAUAAACCUAGUACAAAUAAUGCUAUUGAAAGCUAAAGGUGAAUCAAUAUUGCCUCAACAAGAAGGAGAAGGAGGGAGUCUAGCAGUUGACAGGCUCAUUGAGUUGAGGGUAGUGUUAGAAAAGAUGAGGCCAUUGGAAAUGAAACUCAAAUACCAGAUCGACAAACUGGUCAAGGCCGCCUCUUCAACUGGUUUAGCAGUAUCUGUCAAUGAUCCUUUGAAUUAUAAACCUAAUCCCAAUAACCUUGUACCAAAAAUCAAGGAAAGUGAUGGAAGGUCUAUAGGGAGCAAUCCUGGCAAGUAUGUGCCUCCAAAAGUGAGGGCCAUGCCUUUUGAGGAUGAUACACAGAAGGAGGAGAAGAAACGUGAAAAGAAGAGAAGGAAGGCACUACAGAGCUCACUAGUUGAAGACUUAGCCGAUGAACUCUCCGAAGCACCACGGGAGAUCAAAGAGGUGACUAGAGUCAGUUACCAACGAAAGAGGGAGAGAGCUGAUGAAAUGGAAAAGAGUAAGUAUGAAGAGGAUUAUUUCGUUCGAAUGCAAGGAAAGAAGAGACAGAGAACUGAAGGAAUGACCGAGACUAUUGAUGACCUUCUCGACUUUGGAAGCGGACGAACAAUAAAAGACAAGAAGAGAAAAGGAAGAGCAUCAAAGAUUGGCAAAAAGGCCGUCAAGAAAUUUAAGAGUAGAGUGAGGAAAGGCAAAAGAUAACAAAAAGCAUUUAAAACAAUUUUAUUGACUAGUACAAUAAUAACUAAGGAGACACGCAAGAGUGGGAAAGAAAAAAAAUCCAAGUUA